CUCCAGAGCUUGCGCCUGGCUAUUUGCGCCGCCCGGCACUUAGACGCGGGUCUUAGAAGCGGGCUGGGGAGACGGAGUUGUUGCCGGAGCUGAGACCGGGCGGCCAGAGUCCGCAGGGAUGAACCUCGAGUUGCUGGAGUCCUUUGGGCAGAACUAUCCGGAGGAAGCUGAUGGAACUUUGGAUUGCAUCAGCAUGGCCCUGACUUGCACCUUUAAUAGGUGGGGUACAUUGCUUGCAGUUGGCUGUAAUGAUGGCCGAAUUGUCAUCUGGGAUUUCUUGACAAGAGGCAUUGCUAAAAUAAUUAGUGCACACAUUCAUCCGGUCUGUUCUUUAUGCUGGAGUCGAGAUGGCCAUAAGCUCGUGAGUGCUUCCACUGAUAACAUAGUGUCACAAUGGGAUGUUCUUUCAGGAGACUGUGACCAGAGGUUUCGAUUUCCUUCACCCAUCUUAAAAGUCCAAUAUCAUCCAAGAGAUCAGAACAAGGUUCUCGUGUGUCCCAUGAAAUCUGCUCCUGUCAUGUUGACCCUUUCAGAUUCCAAACAUGUUGUUCUGCCGGUAGACGAUGACUCUGAUUUGAACGUGGUGGCAUCUUUUGAUAGGCGAGGGGAAUAUAUCUAUACAGGAAAUGCAAAAGGCAAGAUUUUGGUCCUAAAAACAGAUUCUCAGGAUCUUGUUGCUUCCUUCAGAGUAACAACUGGAACAAGCAAUACCACAGCCAUUAAGUCAAUUGAGUUUGCCCGGAAGGGGAGUUGCUUUUUAAUUAACACAGCAGAUCGAAUAAUCAGAGUUUAUGAUGGCAGAGAAAUCUUAACCUGUGGAAGAGAUGGAGAGCCUGAACCCAUGCAAAAAUUGCAGGACCUGGUGAAUAGGACCCCAUGGAAGAAAUGUUGCUUCUCUGGGGAUGGGGAGUACAUAGUGGCAGGCUCAGCUCGGCAGCAUGCCCUGUACAUCUGGGAGAAGAGCAUUGGCAACCUGGUGAAGAUUCUCCAUGGGACGAGAGGAGAACUCCUCCUGGAUGUAGCUUGGCAUCCUGUUCGACCCAUCAUAGCAUCCAUUUCUAGUGGUGUGGUAUCUAUCUGGGCACAAAAUCAAGUAGAAAAUUGGAGUGCAUUCGCACCAGAUUUCAAAGAGUUGGAUGAAAAUGUAGAAUAUGAGGAAAGGGAAUCAGAAUUUGAUAUUGAAGAUGAAGAUAAGAGUGAGCCUGAGCAGACAGGAGCUGAUGCUGCAGAAGAUGAGGAGGUGGAUGUCACCAGUGUGGACCCCAUUGCUGCCUUCUGUAGCAGUGAUGAAGAACUGGAAGAUUCAAAGGCUCUGUUGUAUUUACCCAUUGCCCCUGAGGUAGAAGACCCAGAAGAAAAUCCUUAUGGCCCUCCACCAGAUGCUGUCCAAACUUCCUUGAUGGAUGAAGGGGCUGGUUCAGAGAAGAAGAGGCAAUCUUCAACAGAUGGGUCCCAGCCACCUAAGAAGAAACCCAAAACAACCAAUAUUGAACUUCAAGGAGUACCAAAUGACGAAGUCCAUCCACUACUGGGUGUGAAGGGGGAUGGCAAAUCCAAGAAGAAGCAAGCAGGCCGGCCUAAAGGAUCAAAAGCAGGAGGAGCAAUCUCAGAACUAUUAUGAAGACCUUGAAGUUCUUCGUUCUUCCUCACUUGCCAUCAGGUGGCCUCUGGACAGUGUGGUCAGUUAUUUGAGAUUGACUUUAACUUAAAACAAAGGCCUCUGCCUCCCACCCAGGAGGUGGAAGGAGUGAAUUUUAUGUUUGAAUGAAGAAGUGAAUUAUGGAAGAAGAGUAUAUGUCCCUUACCUUCCCUUUCAAGCGUAAGUCCAAAUAGGCUCUCAGGAAUGAGGAUUUGUGAAGGCAUCCAGUAGGAGAUUUGACUCACAUAAACUUCAACGCUUGGUUGUGUUGCUGGAGAAAAGAUACCUAUGUUUUGUUCAUCUAGCUAUUGUACCCAGAAUCAUUUUGACAUAUCAUUUCCUGUCUCCUGAUUGCCUUCCGUCCUCAAUGCAUGUCCUCGAGUGACUUGUUCUUAUCUGAAAUUUUGUUUCCAAUAUCCUAGGAAAACUUCUGUUGCAUAUUCUCUUUCAUUUUUAAAUGUACCCUAUCUCAGAUAACUCCUGUAUUUCCAUUUAGUGUACAAAGGUUGGGCAGAAAAGAACGUGCUUGAAAGAUUUCAAAUUUACAGGAAAAGAAGAAAGAUAAGAAGGCCCCCUCUUCCUGUCAUACAUUUUGCUCAAGAAGCUGGGCAGUAGGAGAUUCAGGGUUUUUCCUUGCAUUGCAUGUUUCUCCAGUAUUGGUUCAGUCUCAUUAAUCAUGGAUUUUGAAGAUAACUAGUUUUAUCCAUCUCCAGCCAAGAAUCAUCAACAGUUUAUAUUACCUUAUCUGUGCUGGCUUCCAGAGUUGGAAACAAAACAAGGUGUUUCUCAACAAGCUUCUUUUUUUAUUGGGGUGGGGAACCUGUGCAAGGACUAAAGUACAGAUUCCAAAAUCAAAGCAGCAAAACAGUUCAAAUCAAAGAUCAAGGUAAAUUUUUUUUUUUUAUUAUUGCCUAUGGAAACCUGUCCCCAUCAGCCAGUGCAUCUUUCCCCUCUUGCAUCCAUGCAUUCGUGCUCCUUUUUCUUGCUGUGUUUCCCAGUCACUUCCUUUCUGUGAAAGGUUGCUUAGCUUUUUUUUUUUUUUCUUUCUUUCUUUUUUUUUUUUUUUUUUGCUAUUGUUUAAAUAAAAAGUAGCAGAUUGGAUGGAUGUGUACAUUAGGUGUUUGAAAUUUUCUGAAACUCCAGAGUGAGGAAACCAGGUGUGGAAGGGGCUUAGUAGCCUGUCUGAGUAGAGCUUUUAGCUGACCCAAAGUGCUUACCCUGGAUCAUCAUUUUCUCAGUAUUUUCAAAGGAGAAUUUAAAUACAGCGAUUAUUGGGAAGUCUUUAUCAGUUGGUGGAUGCUCCUUUAGGUAGCCAAACACAUUGAUUAUUUUUUAGAUUGUAGGAUAGAAAUCAAAGUAGAACACAUCAGUAAGGGCCUCUUUUUCCCAUCCCAUCUUUCAGAAUAUAUAUAUUUUUUAUUUUUCCCAGAAGUCAGAACUCUUCCUGAAUUUUUUAGUUGCCACUGCUACUUCUUCAAGUGCUCAUUUUGUGAAUUUCACAUGAAUUGGACAGUGGUUAAGAUUGGCAGAUGGCUCACUGGACAUGUUUCUGUUUUGCAGACAUUAUAUUCAUUCCUGUUCUCUGUGCUGCACACUAUAGUGUGGAGACUGAUACAGAGGGUUUCUGCCUUACUCCCAUGAUGAAGGAGUUUGGUUUCCUCACCUGGGCAUUUGGUGUUUAUACUCUGUCCAACUCCUCAACUGGCUACUGAGAAAAUCACGUCCUGUCAGAUUAUCUCUGGCAGCAGCUCCUGAUAAUUAUUUAUGUUUUGGGGAUUUUUUUUUUCAGCCCCUAAAACUGUCUGUCCAUUUCAGUUUGAUUUGUGUAAUAUAUGUAUAUUCUCUUCUUCCCUUUGUCAUCUUCUCCCUGCCCACCAUUUUGUUUUUCAAAUAUUCUGUAGUUUUGUACAAGAUAAAAACGUAGCCUUGGGUACUUCUUGCUGAAGCUUUAAUGCUUUGUAAAUAAAAUCGGAUGUUUAUUAAAGAACAGGUGCAGAUGUUCGUUUGUAAACACUGAUCACUUCUGGAGCUCACCAGCCACUUUCAUAUACUGGGGAAUGUGACUUCCUGUGAUGGUGUUAGAGCCCUGUAUGGAACUAGAGAGCUGGAGAGCGUGGUGGGGUGGGGGCACAGUGUCUAAAU